GGAGCUGCGCCGAAGCCUCGAGUCGGACGGGAAUUUUCGUCUUGUUCUUUUUUCUCUUUUUUCUCCCUCUUCUCGCCUCCCUUCGCCCUCGCCUUCGCCCUCGGCCUGCCCCUUCGCCUCCCUUCCGCGGGAAUUCGCACUCGCCUCGCCUCCUGGCCCGGGGAUUGAGGCUUUAAAGCGGGUUUUUGGCGUUUUUGCUCUUUUCCCCCCUGGCUCGCGAGAGAAAGAGGGAGAGGGAGAACGGCCGAUAAAGAGGGGGAAUAGGCCAGGAAACAGGAGGAGAAAGGUUAGGCUUGGGAAGAGGAAGUACACAAUGAGUUUUGAGUCAUCUAGCAGCCCCAGCUCAGCGCUCCCCGAUGGGGAAACGCGAACAAACCUUAUCAUCAACUACCUGCCACAGACUCUCACCGACCAAGAGUUUUACAAGAUAUUUGUUGUUGUCGGGCCCAUCAAAAACUGCCGCAUUAUGAAGGAUUUAAAGCAGACUGGCUACUCCUUCGGGUUCGGCUUCGUGGAGUACCAGAAGCCGGAGGACGCAGCCAAGGCCAUCCUGCAGUUGAACAACCUCCCCGUGCAGCACAAGCGCAUCAAGGUGUCCUACGCCCGGCCCCCCGGCGAGGACAUCAAGGAAACCAACCUCUACAUUCAGAAUAUUCCCAGAAAGGAAACAGACUCCAAGGAAACAAACCUUUACAUUGCGAAUGUUCCAAGAUCAUACACAUUAGACCAGUUAGAGGAACUGUUCUCUUCAUAUGGCCAGAUUGUCCAGAAGAAUUUGCUGAAGGACAAGGUUACAGGACUUCCACGUGGCGUUGGAUUUGUGAGGUUUGAUAAGAAGUCUCAGGCAGAAGCGGCGAUUGUGGGCAUGAAUGGCGUUGUUCCUGAGGGCGGGACUGAGCCCCUAGUGGUUAAGGUGGCAGAGGAGCACGGCAAAAUGAAGGCUGCCUACUACGCUGGUUACCAUGCUGGCCUCAGCACCACGAGAGGUGGCGGCGGUGUCGGUCGAGGGCGUGGUAACUACAACAACCGAGGGGGAGGUGGUGGUGGCUACCAGGGACGAGGGAACUACAAUAAUAUGCAGGGUGGUAAGAUAGCCCCGGACCGAACCGCCAACCGCUACAACCCGAUCGGCAGCGGCGGCGGCUAUGGCGGUGGGUACGGAGGUGGGUAUGGCAGUGGCGGGAGUUCCUUGGGCUACUCCAACGAUGCGGCUGGCCAAUCCUCGUUCUACAGCUUCUCCACGCCUUCCUUCAGUGGGGGAAACUACACAUCGUUCUCCGGCAUGAGUAAUAACUCUGGUGGCGGCGGCUAUAGUAGGUACUGAAGCCCAGCCCCGUGUUAAACAACAGCAACAACAACUAAACGUGUUCUAUGAGUGACAAGGAAAAACAAAAAAAAGAAUGGCUUUCACGCGGGGAGCUCUUUCAAUGAAUAACAAAAAAAAGGCAAAAAAAUACAAAAAAAUAAGUAAGGAUUAAGUAACACGAUGAAAGAUUAAAACAAAACAAAUAAGGAAUUACACAAAGCAAUUUCAUGUUUUUUGUAGAUGGAAAUACUAAACUAAACGAGGAAAAAUACACAGAGCUAUCAACCUAUUACCAUGGUUUUUAGAGAAAGUUUUUAUCAUCUUAUUUUUGUUGUAAGAGUGUAUUAUGUAUUCUAUCAAGUCAUUGUUGGUCAUUUUUCCCACACAAGAAGUGGCAUCGUGCAUAAACCUUCUUAAGAUGUUGCAUCGAUGGCUACAUAAACUAGUUUAAAACUAAACAAAAAAAAGUUAAGAUGAUAUUGUUUAUACCAUGAAAUAUUCAGGCUUUAUUGUCAUUUCCAGAAAAAAUGUGCUAUGCAUUUUAAAUGCUUAGAUCUCUGGUGUAGUUGUCUUCAGAAAUUAUUUUCCUUUUCUGUUUAUUGCACUUUAAAAAAUUUUGAGCUCUGUUUGUAUUUUAGUAGAAACUGGAAGUCCAUUAUUAUAAUAAAUAAUUUUUUUAAAGAGUAUGAUUUUCCAAAAUCCUAAAAUGAGUUAUAUUUUUUUCUUUGAAGUAAAAGCAAUGCUGAAUGUCACUCAAUUGAGAGAAUUUUUUGCUUUUGAUUUUUCUAGUUUCAUUUUCUUGUUUUAUGUUUCUGUGUGACUAGUGACAGGAAUUGAUGCCACAGCCAGGACUCUGCCUUUGCACCGAAGGGCAGGCGGUUUUUUUCGUUUUGUUUUUAUCUUUUCCGAUGACUUCGUUUGAUUUUUUUGUGAAUAUAUUAACCAACGAAAAUGUCGGACGAGUGUUCUUCAUUAAGUAUUUUAUUCUACUGUGGAUUUCCCUGCGGCAGACACGCACGCCCCUGUUGUUGUCUCCGCAGUAGCUAGAUGAUGUCAUUCAUGAUGGUUAUUAUGCUGUAGUAUUAUUCAUAUAACCUAUAAUUACAUAAUUGAUGGUUUCAUGUAUCUUUUUCCAUAUAUUGUGUUCUUUGAUGCUUGAGAAAUAAAAAAAUAAAAAAAAAUUGAUUUUUUUGGUACAAUAAGGUGUUCUCUAAGUUUUUUCAUUAAAAGUGUUGGACUGAUUAUUUUCUUCAUAAUGUUAUAUUGGUCGGUAGCAACCAUACCUGAACAUAUUGUAAGAUUUUUUUUGUUCUCGAUGAAAAAAAAACUCAACAAAUGUUUUGUACAGUGCAACAUUAUUUUUGCUCACACUGUAAUAAGUUACUUGACAGAUAUAUUUAAUAAAGUGAAACUAUCAA